CGGGGUCGCGGUGUAGCGUUCGCCAAGGCGCCUGGGCAAGCGGCGGCAGGGCUCCCGCGCAGGCCGGCGUCGCUGGCGCGGGAAUUGGCGGCGGCGGCGGCGGCAGCAGCAGCAGCAGCAAAAGCAGCCGCCGCCUUUGGGCGCGACAGCGGAAGAGAGCAGGGACACCGCCGGACUGGCAGCGUGAAUGAAAGUUUGGUCUGAAUUCCGCGCCGGGGACUCCAACGGUCAUGUUAAGAUAAAGCAGAAAGGCGCAGUGCUGAACAUGCUAAAGAGGUUAGACAAAAUAAGGUUCAGAGGUCACAAGAGAGAUGAGUUCCUUGAUUUAGCAGAGUCUCCCAAUGCUUCAGACACUGAAUGCGGAGAUGAAAUCCCUAUGAAAAUACCUCGCACGUCAGGCAAAGACAAUGAUGAACUGAGAGACCCUGCUGGUCCUGGGACCAUCAACAUGGCUUCAGGAGUCCAGGAUUAUAACAGAACAGAGUCUGAUAGAUUAAAUGAGAUCAAAGGCCAUCUGGAAAUUGCCUUGCUGGAAAAACAUUUUCUACAGGAGGAGCUCAGGAAACUGAGAGAAGAAACGAAUGCUGAAACAUUGAAACAAGAGCUAGAAAAAGAACGUCUGAGGAGGAUAGAACUGGAACAAAAAGUCAAUGAAAUUCUUAAAACAAGAGCAGAAGAACCAUCUCCUAUUCAGCAACCCCCAAAAGCACAGACACAAGUUAAUGGAACAGAUAAACGCAGCCAUAUGGUGUGUUCAAGAGUUCAGAAGUGGGUUUAUGACAAAUUUGGGGAAUACAUUGAAGACUUCAGAUUUCAGCCAGAAGAAAACACAGUAGAAACAGAAGAACCACUUAGUGCUAGAAGGCUUACAGAAAAUAUGAGAAGAUUAAAGAGAGGUGCCAAACCCGUGACAAACUUUGUGAAGAAUCUUUCUGCCUUAUCAGACUGGUUUUCUAUCUACACUUCUGCAAUUGCCUUUAUUAUCUACAUGAAUGCUGUAUGGCAUGGCUGGGCCAUUCCUAUGUUCUUAUUUUUAGCAAUUCUGAGGUUAUCCCUAAAUUACCUCAUAGCCAGAGGUUGGAGAAUACAGUGGAGUAUUGUGCCUGAAGUUUCUGAGCCUAUUGAACCUCCAAAGGAAGACCUAACAGUGUCGGAAAAGUUCCAGCUUGUUUUGGAUGUGGCACAAAAAGCACAGAACUUGUUUGGCAAAAUGUCAGACAUAUUGGAAAAAAUUAAAAACUUGUUUAUGUGGGUCCAGCCUGAAGUUACGCAAAAGCUGUAUAUUGCUUUAUGGGCGGCUUUUAUUGCAUCCUGCUGUAUUCCAUACAGGAUCGUUGGGCUUUCAAUGGGACUUUAUGCAGGAAUCAAAUUUUUUCUUAUCGAUUUUGUCUUCAAACGAUGCCCAAGGCUACGAGCGAAGUACGAUACUCCUUAUAUCAUAUGGUUAAACUUGCCCACAGAUCCUCAGCUCAAAGAGAGGGCUAAUGCUACAGUAUCAAGACGGCUGUCAGGGCAUGAAAAGCUCCAAACAACAGCAUCACGAAGUUGUGUAGGCUCAAGUGCCCCGGCCGGAGUAAGCAGGGAUGAAGACAGCAGCCGUUUUCAUACUACUAAGAGAGGCAACUUCCAUGAAGUAUUUAAUCUAUCAGAAAACGAGCGUCCUUUGGCAGUAUGUGAAAAUGGCUGGCGGUGCUGCUUGAUUAACAGGGACAGGAAGAUGCCUACAGACUACAUUAGAAAUGGAGUGCUUUAUGUCACAGAAAAUUACUUAUGCUUCGAAAGUUCCAAAUCUGGUUCCUCUAAAAGAAAUAAAGUUAUAAAAUUAACAGAUAUUACGGAUAUUCAAAAGUACAAAGUGCUUUCUGUUCUCCCAGGAUCUGGGAUGGGUAUUGCAGUAUCCACACCGUCUACACAAAAACCUUUAGUGUUUGGUGCCAUGGUACACAGAGAUGAAGCUUUUGAGACCAUUUUCACCCAGUAUUCGAAGAUAACAUCUGCACCAUCUACCAGUGAAAGCUAGUAUAUCACCACUGCUAGUUCUCCUGAGGAGACUUUAUUAAUUUACUCACUCGGUAGUGAAUAAAAGAUGGAACACCCUUCAUCAAUUCUGCAAUAAUUUUCUUCGUUGCAUAUGUCUUCUGUUACAUAAGUGUGUUUUAUAUCUGCCUUCCAUUUUUUGUUUUGUUUUUUAAAGCUUUUUGUACAAAAGAAAAAAUAAAGACAGAGAAAGUGCUAUCAUCACUACUAGCCUUGCACAUUAAGCACUUUUAAUGUUUAUUUACCGACAUUAAAAAGCUUAGGAAGAUUCUUGGCAAACCUAGCUGGACGAUAGACCAAGGAUGCUGUCUUCUCCUGCCCUGAAAUCCCAGGGAGCAACAGUACAUUCUAUUCCUCUUCUGCUCCAGGUUCUGCCUACAGCCCUAUUGCACCAGUCCUCUUUGUUUCAGUGGCAUUUCUGUACAUGUAACUGGGUGCAAGGUUGGCAAAACGUACCUUUUAUCUUACUAGUUGAUAUCUAAAUUAUAUUAAUUGAAGGUAUGAGUACUAGUAGUUGUGCGUCAAGCAAACUUUCUUACUAACGGCUGUACCUUUUCAAAGGAUGUGUAUCCUUGGGAGGAGACUGUUGUGAGGCAUAGUUACUCCCUAGGACAGAGGGUUUGGCCUGGUCCUUCAUGUUCUGUCUCCUUUGGGUUCCCUCGCCCCCCUGAAUAGAGGCAUUUUGUUAAUGUAUUAUGUAACAAAUGAAGCCACUGUUUUCAUUUCUUCGAAUGAUUUUCGGUUUUUGUGGUUCACCUCCACUUCAAGGAAUUAUUAUUGUUAUUAAAUAGUACAGUGGCAUUAUGCUGCCUUCACAGUUUGACUGAGAUUCUUUUAUCUUCCGAUGGAAUAUUUGAUAUACUCAGGCGGGUUUUAAGUUGUGGAAAAUUUGUAUCUUUCACGUAGUAAAAGCUCACCUAAGAGUGCAGGUUUCCUCAUCAAACUAACACCAAAAUAUCCAUAAUUAUCUCUCUUUUUGUGUUCGUAUUUUAGUACGUUUUGUAUUUGCACCAACAUGCCAAUUAAGUUGCUGUUUCUGAUCAUUUUAGCCUCUUGCAGGCUUUAUUUCUCCUUUUAACUCUACCAAGCUUUGAAUUUGGAAGGCUUUAAUCAGGAAAACAUUUAAAUGGACUCCCAAGACUUCAGACGCUAACCUCAUGUUACGUGCGAAUGCAUGUAAUGGAUUACCAGGGGACGAUAUUAUUUUUACAGAACAAAAGGAGCUUCAGGAAUGGGCAGUUUGAGAAAGAAGCAGUGUGGCAUCUUUAACCCUUUCUGCACUUGCCAUUUCCCCAAAGCCUCCAGAUUACCUCCUCAGGUGCUUUUCCAGUGUGUUUAUAGUCACUUGCUUGCAAAGAUAAAAAUAUGACUGGAACCCCACUGGGAGGGAGGAAGCCUAUUGGAAGGGGAUUUGGAGUAGGAAAAUGGUGGUCAGGGGAUGCAUUAAGCACCCAGCUUAGCUGCUUACCUUCUUGCAAUUGCUCCAUCCCAAAGCUGGGAUUUCUUUCUUAAAGGUUGUCUGUGGGGCCUCUGUUAAACCUACUUGCUUGUAACAUGUAGUUAGUUGGUCAGGUAACCUUAUUAACAAUGCAAGAUGCCAUAGGAAAAUGGGCUUCUGUGGACUUGUCUGUGUUAGGGACAGAUAACUACUUUUCCCCAUGAACAAACCAUGAAUGCAAUUGUGGGAAAGUAAUCUUGGGAAGCUGUUACAAGCAGAUUUCCAAAUGCUGCGAAAAUCCACCUCUUCCCCAAAGAACUAAAACACACUUGAAGCUCAUUUUCAACUCAAGAGUCUGCAGCUGAAAAGCUUAGGAGAAGCCUCACAAAUGUCCUGCAGAGUAGCAGGACAAAGUACCACUAAUAGCAAUGUAUAACCUUCUCUAAACAAUGCAGCUUCAUUUUUUUAAAAGAUGAUUUGUGAUUUAUAUACAUUUUUGAGCAAGUAGGCUGUAUAAACUUUUGAACAGGUUUAAGGAACAUGGGGGUGUUGGACGUCUUUAUAUAAGGAUGGUGUCGAGCAUCAACCCAGCAGGUAACAAGUCGAGCAACUGAUGGAUAAAUAAGCAUUAAAUUAGCUUAAUGUUUUUACUAACCGAAAUCAAAAAUCAUAGUACAUUGAGUUUGUCUUUUUAAAAAAACCCUUGGGUGUUCAUGAGGUUCUCGUUUUUUGAAAAACAGAUUAUAUUUUUUACAGAGUGGGCUGUUUUUCUUAUUUUUGUAUCAUUUUCAAACGUAAUUUUUACCUUCACUCUGAUCACGAAAAUACUGGUUCUGGUGAAAAUCGGGUAACUGCACUUAUUACCUCCCCUCCUACUGGCCGACUGAAGUAUUGUUCUAGAACAUGGUUCCUUGAAGUCCUGUCUGACUGUGAUGCGAUGACAGCGCCACAACAAUUAACCACUUACAUUUUCAGAAUGAAACAAUGAAGUUAAGAUUUUUUCAGUACAUACAAUGAUAUUUAAUUUCCCCCUGUACUUUGAUAUUUCUGAUACAGGUUUGUUCAAAAUAAUCUGCACUUUUAACAAUGCAAACUUUAAAAGAAAAAAAAAAAGUUAAAGUAAUACAUGUGUUGCAAAUGACAAUGCAAAGAUAGUUCAUUCCAAUAUCAAACUAAUGAACUGGAUUUUUAGAGAGCAAAUGUGUAAUGAGACACACAUACAUAUUUUUUGCGAAGUCCAACUUUACAUUAUGCAAAGAAUUACUGUAAAAUUAAACUGCUAUGUUUUGUGAUACGUCAUUUGUUACAAUGCCCUAAAAUUAACUUUGAUGUGCUUGAGUAUCUUGAUGCUUUUUAUUUCCUAUAUCCUGAAAUGCGGAGCGUUUGUCAGCCUAUUCUGUAUUCAAGGAACCACUCUUAGGUUUGGUCCGAAUUCAUCUCCUUACAUGGGAUUUGCAGUAUAGUCCUACUGAAUUUAAGUUCAGUAGAGCUACUUAAUGUGAAGUGUUAUUUUUUCACAACAAGAUUUUUUUAAGCCAUUCUCUGUAAAUUUGCUGUGUUGAUAUGUGUUAUUCUGAUUCAACCCUGUGGAUUAUUGGUGAAUUCUCUUUGUAUUUAAUUGGAUAACUUCUUUUACUGGAAGCAUAGUGGUCAAGUUUGAGAACCUUUCUCAGCAUAAAGGGAGAUGAAAACUGAUCGCAUUUUAUGUUCCCUCUAUAAAUUGCCAGAAGCAGAAGUUCUGUUACAUGUAAGUACACUGUUAGUUUUGCAAGGCAAGAUUUGAACAAUAGUUGAAUUAUGUAGCAACAUCGCACAAAAUUCCAGCAAAAUCAAUUCAUGAGUUCGAUAGACCGAGUGAGGAAGCUGUGGAGCGACAGGAGUGUAAGCAUUGUGAACCCUUAAAACAAACCUGGUAGUUUAUAAUGAAUGAUGUACGUUUUGGCAGACAUUUUAUUUCUGCUACUAAUCAUUAAAUAGAAUGGAUGUGAAAUAAUUUUUAUGUCUGAAGUUUGAGUCUAUAUUUUGAAGUUGUAAAUAAUUCAUUAGCAGUGUAACUUUUGUUCAACAGGAGACUUGUACUGUAUGAAAAAAUGAACUGAAACAAUUUGCCCUGUACAUUUUUUAAGAGAAUCUUGUUUGUUUAAGAAAAAUGGGAGGGGGGGUCUUGGUAUAAAUUAUAAUUUUUAUUUAAAUAAAAUAAACCCGAAAAAUGCUUUAUGCUACAAA